CUGGGGACCAUGCUUGGGUGGGCUGGGAUAUACUGGGAUGUACUGGGAUGAGCUGGGGACCAUGCUGGGGUGGCCUGGGAUGUACUGGGAUGAACUGGGAUGAGCUGGGGGGCCAUCCCAGUACACCCCAGUACAUCCCAGCCCACGCUGGGCUGCGUGGGGGUGUACUGGUCUAUACUGGGGCGCACUGGGCUGUGUCCCGCCCGGACAGCGGGAGCUGUGGUGGGGUCUCUGUCCCGGCUCAGAAAGGAAAACCCCGCGGCUCCGGCGCCAAAUCGAAACUGGAGAAGUCACGGACGCCCGUCCGAGGCACACCCCGGCAGCCCAAAAAGGCGUCCCCCAAAACCCCCCACCGACCCCUGACCCAAUCCAGCCCGUCCCCGGAUGAGGAGCUCCUGCCAGAGGAACCCUUGGAUGUCGGGUCCAUCCUGGACGAGCUCCUGGAGCGGGUGCUGACCGAGCACGUCCUGGCGGCGGCGGCGCGGCAGCGGGUGCCCUUCACGGUGUCGCGGGCUCGGGAUGCCAUGCUCUUUGUCGCUGAGUGGCGCUUCCCGAUGCGGGAUGACGGGGACCCGGACCCCGGGGGGGACCCGGACCCCGAACGAGACGGAGUCUGGAGAGAGGAUGAGGAGCCUCAAAGCUGCCGCUGGGACUCCGGCACAUCGGGUGCUGUCCUUGUCGAGGACGCCUCUCUGCCCUCGGAAGCGGUCCCGUCCGGCGAUGUCCCCGUCUCAGACGAGGCCGCAGGUCCGCUCGUGUGUCCCGCCGAGGUCCCCGAGGCUGUUCCCGUCCCGGCUGUGCCCCCGGAGCAGGUGAGAUGUGCCCCGAUCACCCCUCGGGCUGAUCCCCGGCGGCUCCGGGGACACCCCGACAGCCACACCGGGUCCCUUUUGUCCCCCCAGCCGCUGUGCCAGGCCCCCUCCGCAGCAGCCGCAGCUCCUCCCGAGCACAUUCCCGGCGAUCUCACCGUGGUGUCCGUGCCAGGACCACCCCUCCCGGAGCCGCCCAUCGCUCCCCGGUGCCCCGGGAGGGGCCGCAGACCCUCCCGACCCUCCCGGCCCUCCCGGCCCCGGCCGGCCCCGCCGGACGCGCCCCGACCCCCGGCUCCGCUCCCGGCUCCGCUCCCGGAACCCCCGACGGAGGCACCGCAGGAGUCCCAGGAGGCCACAACGGAGCUGGGCGACCAAGAGCCACCAUCUGCAGGCUCCUCCAGCUCCAGCCUGGCAUCGCUGCGGUCCCGCAGAGCCUCCCGCGGCCCCUGCGUGCCCCGGCUGGGUGUGCGCCGCGGGGCCGCUCGCUGGGUGUUCCCCGAGGUCAGGGUGGUGGACGUGAGCACCGAGCCCGAGCGGGUGCGGUCGGGAGCCUCACGGUCCCGGUUAGCCCCGCCGGGCUCCCCGCAGGCGCUCCCGGGAGCCGGGAGAGCCGCCAAGGCCGAGGCUCAGCUGUGUGACCCCUGGCUGGCCUCGGCUCGCUUGGCUCCCGGUGUCACCGUGCGCUGGGGCGGCAGCGAGCGCCGCGGACCGACCCCGGUGGGACACGGGGACGGCGAGCAGGAGGAGGACGAGGCGGUGAGGAGGGCGGAGAAGGAUCUAAAACCCAUCCUGCCCUACCCGGAGUGCCGGAUCUCAGAGUACGGCGAGUGACCGGAGCCGGGGGUGAAGCUCCGGUCCUUGGGGGUCCCCCGUGUCCCAUCGGCACCGGGCACGCCGCCCCCGGAGCUCCGAGCCCUUUGCCAGCGCUGCAAAGGGUUUAUUUACUCACAGAAAUAAAUA